AUGGAUCUGUCGCGGGUUAUUCUAAAGGCCAAAGGCCUAUUUGAGAUCGUGGAGGGUUCCAUACCUAAACCUGGCAAAGAUAAACCGACGGAGUACCAGGAUUGGAUUUCAAAAGAUAGUAAGGCGCAAGGUUGGAUUGUUUUCCAUAUUGAACAAAGUAUAAUGACACAUCUACUUACUGCCACUACGUCUGCCGAGAUGUGGACGAAAUUAAAUAAUAUCUACGAAAAAAAAUCGUCAACAUCAUUGCACCUUGAGCAACAGAAGUUUUAUUAUCUCAAAUGCGAUACUGAUAUUUCCCUAUUUUUCUCAAAAAUAGAAGAGAUAAGAGCAAAUAUUCGCCAGUUAGGCGAUGAUAUAUCUGACAAGAUGGUUAUCACCAAGGUACUUAUGUCGCUACCAGAAAAAUAUCGCCAUUUUAUUGCAGCUUGGGAAUCGGUCCCUACAGAAAAUCAAACUGUAGGAGAACUAAUGGCAAGAUUGUUGAUUGAGGAAGAACGCAACAUGUCUAUUUCAACAACUAGUGUUCACUUCCCUUCGCGGCACCGUGCGACUAACGUGUGA